CAGGUACUCGACACGACGACAAACCUCAAGCUUACUGCUUUCAUGGUCUUGCCAUACGUGAUUACCCCUCCUGAACCAGCAUUCCACCAACCCAGCCCAUCAUGACUGACAAGAUCCCCCUGAUCACGCUCGAAGAGCACUACAUCUCCCAGUCCGUGCUCGACUACUACGCGGAAAAGGGCAUCGACACCACCCUCCCCGCCCACCUCCCACACAUCACAAGCUCACUCCGCGACAUCGGCUCCCAACGUCUCAAAUCCAUGGACGCAGCCCGGAUCAGCGUACAAGUGAUAUCGCACCGGCCCAACUCAAUCCCCAUCCCACCGGAAAUCUGCACGGCCGCGAACAACGAGCUCGCCGAAGCAAUCAAAUCAUCCCCCAGUCCAUCCCGCUUUGCCGCCUUCGCCAUGCUCCCGACCCUCCACCCGGAAGCAGCAGCCAAGGAACUAGACCGAUGCGUCAGCGAUCUCGGCUUCGUCGGCUCGCUCAUCGACAACACAGCAGACGGCCGCUUCUACGACGACACAUUCUUCUGGCCCAUCUUCGACGCACACGAGAAGCUCGAUGUACCAGUAUAUCUGCACGCCAUCCCUCACACAUUACCAGAGACAUCGCCCUUCCACGGCAACUAUGCGCCGCAAGUCUCCGCGUUUUUAGCGAACCACGGCUUCAACUGGCACGCCGAAGUCGCGACUCAUGUCCUCCGGCUAUUCGCCGCGAAACUGUUCGACAAAUUCCCCAACCUCAAAUUGAUGCUGGGCCAUAUGGGCGAGAUGUUGCCGUUCCAACUCGACCGGAUCCACAAACUUGUCCAGAAAACGUGGCCUUCUGCAUCGAAACCGAAACGUCACUUACUCCAAGUAUGGCAUGAGAACAUAUACAUCACCACGGCCGGAAUGUUCAGUCUGGCCCCCAUGGCCUGUCUGAUCCACAUGUGCUGUGCGGAUAAAGUGCUUUACUCCGUCGACUACCCCUUUUGCUCUAACGACGACGGGCUACGCUUCAUGUACCGACUUCGCAGUUCCGGCAUGGUGAAUGAGGAGGAUUUUCUGAACAUCGCGCAUAAGAAUGCCGAGAGGUUGCUUGGUGUGCAUGUUACAGAGGACAACGAUGUCGGAAUGGAAGUUGACCCUUUAGAUGAGGAUGGUGAGAGAUUACGGCCCUGGUUGUCGCCGGAUAGUGCGGCGAGCGCUGGAGGUGCUGUUAAUGGGUUUCCUACCUCGCCGCUGGAGACUGUCAAGGAAUGAAGCACGAGGUACUGACAUUCGCAUUGACUUGAUGCAGGACUGAAUGUGCCUGACGGCCAAGUAGAGGAAAGGUCAAAUCCAUAUAUUGAUUUAUGUACAUUGCUUUAUUUGACCAUGGUCUGCAAGGACUAGAAAUGAAUAAUGACAGAUGGAAUGUAGGAAUAAUGAUGACCCCACAUGUUGCGUACCAAUAUCAACCCUCUUUUAUCGUGAUAUUUCGCCCCUUGCAAAACUCUCUCUUUAAUCCAUAACGUUACUUGGUUUGGAUCUCUAUUCUC